AUGGAGACUCAGAAUGUCGCAACUGGUUCCAUUGCCAACCCUGUUAAAUUUCGGGACCAGGACUAUGUAGCCCUCCUAGAUGCGUGCAUUAAAUCAGGUUCGCUGUUCUCUGACUCAACCUUCACCCCGGACCAGAGCUCCAUCGGUAUGCCUACCGACCCGGACCCCAAAAAGGAGAUCAAGUGGCUGCGACCCAAGGUAGGCUACCGUCCUAUCAGUGUCUACCCCAGUGAGUCGAGAUCACUUUCGCAGUCAAAAAGCAAGCCGAGAUCUAACGCACAUAUAUAUAUUUUUUAAACAUGACUUAUAAAAAUGUCACAUUAACCUAAUCAAAACUAUUCUGUAGAAAUGAGGUUUGUGCAGUAGGCCUAAUAUAUAAUCACAGCAUAUUGGCUAUAUGCCUGGCCUGCCAAUAUUGUUAUUCUCAGACCAUAUUAUAUUUCAAAACUCGAGCUUUGAUAACAAAAUAGUUCAGUUGGUGUAGCACUUGCGAGGCACAGCAGAGCAUAAAUUGAAAUAAUUCGCUUUUUUAUUUUACUGGACUAAUACUACCUGCAUAUGAUGGUCAUGGUGCUUUCAAGACAACUGGGAACAAGACAAAAAACGAAAAUCGGAAAGACUCCCCCAGAGUUCCUGCUCUCUCACGGUCCCUGCUUUCUUAUGCCUUUUCUUUCCUCUGGUGAGACUGAACAGAGAGAGGGGACACAAUCUUCCACCUGAUGGUGAAACUCGAGUCACUCACACCGCAUCUGCCUCAUGCACAAAUCCAUGUUGUUCCUUUGACCAGAGAAAGCAAAAUAUUACUUGAAAAUAAAAUAGACAGGACGAAAUGCUAAUAAUAAUACAAACGCAGGGCUUUGGAUUAUUUGAAUCAGCUAUGUAGUGCAAGGGGGGAGGGGCAGGACAGGACCGAGUUUGGGAAACCCUGGUCUACAUGAUAGCCAGCCAUGUGGUCACACUCAAAAACCUACUUCUAUAUUGCAAUAGUCAGCUUCUUACUCGUGAUAGUCAUGCUUAUCUUACGGAUAUCUGUAGCCUAUGUUCUAAUUUUUCUAAUGACAUGAAUUGAGGAUAUGAGUAGGUCUAGUUGUGUACAAUUGGGUGUUGCUCCUGGACAGAUGUAGGCUACAUCUGAGCUGACUCACUGUCAGGUGUUGUCUAGUUUUGAGGAAGAUAGAUUGAUCUGCUGGAGUAUGUUAAGAGAGAAGAAAGACAAAGUACAGAGUCUGAGCCAAACAGCUGGACAUGAUAUCUCUAAAAGCAGAAAAGAGAUGGAAUAAUGAGAUUACAACCGAAGAAGCCAUGAAACGUUUGUGAUGCAGUUUAAAUCAUGAACAUUGCUUUGUCAUCAUCCAGUCAACUGUUAUGUGAAUGAAACGAGAGUGUUGUGUUGGUUAUACACUCCCUCAGACAGUGUAAACUGUAGUCUUGAACUCUGCCCCUUGUCUCUCUCUCUCUGCAGGAGAUCAGCGCCAAUGCUGUGUUUGUGGAGGACACAAUGUGCACCACCGAUAUCUGCCAGGGUCAGCUGGGUAAGUGUGUGUGUGCGUGCGUGUGUUUUAAACAUCGUAGGAUGGGAUAUCAUUGCAGUAACAGGUAGACACUUAUCUUCACUCCAACUCACAGUUUUCAUGUACAGUGGGGAAAAAAAGUAUUUAGUCAGCCACCAAUUGUGCAAGUUCUCCCACUUAAAAAGAUGAGAGAGGCCUGUAAUUUUCAUCAUAGGUACACGUCAACUAUGACAGACAAAAUGAGAAAAAAAUAUCCAGAAAAUCACAUUGUAGGAUUUUUAAUGAAUUUAUUUGCAAAUUAUGGUGGAAAAUAAGUAUUUGGUCAAUAACAAAAGUUUCUCAAUACUUUGUUAUAUACCCUUUGUUGGCAAUGACACAGGUCAAACGUUUUCUGUAAGUCUUCACAAGGUUUUCACACACUGUUGCUGGUAUUUUGGCCCAUUCCUCCAUGCAGAUCUCCUCUAGAGCAAUGAUGUUUUGGGGCUGUCGCUGGGCAACACGGACUUUCAACUCCCUCCAAAGAUUUUCUAUGGGGUUGAGAUCUGGAGACAGGCUAGGCCACUCCAGGACCUUGAAAUGCUUCUUACGAAGCCACUCCUUCGUUGCCCGGGCGGUGUGUUUGGGAUCAUUGUCAUGCUGAAAGACCCAGCCACGUUUCAUCUUCAAUGCCCUUGCUGAUGGAAGGAGGUUUUCACUCAAAAUCUCACAAUACAUGGCCCCAUUAAUUCUUUCCUUUACACGGAUCAGUCGUCCUGGUCCCUUUGCAGAAAAACAGCCCCAAAGCAUGAUGUUUCCACCCCCAUGCUUCACAGUAGGUAUGGUGUUCUUUGGAUGCAACUCAGCAUUCUUUGUCCUCCAAACACGACGAGUUGAGUUUUUACCAAAAAGUUCUAUUUUGGUUUCAUCUGACCAUAUGACAUUCUCCCAAUCCUCUUCUGGAUCAUCCAAAUGCACUCUAGCAAACUUCAGACGGGCCUGGACAUGUACUGGCUUAAGCAGGGGGACACGUCUUGCACUGCAGGAUUUGAGUCCCUGGCGGCGUAGUGUGUUACUGAUGGUAGGCUUUGUUACUUUGGUCCCAGCUCUCUGCAGGUCAUUCACUAGGUCCCCCCGUGUGGUUCUGGGAUUUUUGCUCACCGUUCUUGUGAUCAUUUUGACCCCACGGGGUGAGAUCAAGAUCGAGGGAGAUUAUCAGUGGUCUUGUAUGUCUUCCAUUUCCUAAUAAUUGCUCCCACAGUUGAUUUCUUCAAACCAAGCUGCUUACCUAUUGCAGAUUCAGUCUUUCCAGCCUGGUGCAGGUCUACAAUUUUGUUUCUGGUGUCCUUUGACAGCUCUUUGGUCUUGGCCAUAGUGGAGUUUGGAUUGUGACUGUUUGAGGUUGUGGACAGGUGUCUUUUAUACUGAUAACAAGUUCAAACAGGUGCCAUUAAUACAGGUAACGAGUGGAGGACAGAGGAGCCUCUUAAAGAAGAAGUUACAGGUCUGUGAGAGCCAGAAAUCUUGCUUGUUUGUAGAUGACCAAAUACUUAUUUUCCACCAUAAUUUGCAAAUAAAUUCAUAAAAAAUCCUACAAUGUGAUUUUCUGGAUUUUUUUUCCUCAAUUUGUCUGUCAUAGUUGACGUGUACCUAUGAUGAAAAUUACAGGCCUCUCUCAUCUUUUUAAGUGGGAGAACUUGCACAAUUGGUGGCUGACUAAAUACUUUUUUCCCCCACUGUAUAACUAGAUUGACCUCACCUCUCCAAACCUAUUCUCUUGGGAAUGGUGUUGAGAUAUCCUGGUUAUACUAUCUGUAUGGUUCAGACGCUGGAGGAUCUCGAUCUAUCACACUGAAUAUGUCACCCCUCCACACUGCCCCAGGGGCUCCGCUCCAAACAUAUGGCCCAACAGCAGGGGGAUCAGGGUAACAUUCUGUGCUCUCACCUCCCAGUCCCAACCUCCUCGGAGUAUCUGUAGGUCUAAAAUGGACCCUGUGAUCACACCCCUUUUUCCCAUGAAAAACAAUGUGCUUUGUUUAUCACCACUUUUCAUGUGAUGUCCAGUCUGUUUUGCAUUGCUGUGAAAUGGUGAGAAUUCUCAUGUUGCUUUCUUGUUAUUGCUUCAUUAUUUGUCCUCAAGGUUUGUGUGAUGGAUCUGGUGUCAAUGUGGCAUCCCUCUUUGUGUGUGUGUGUGUGUGUGCGUGCGUCAAACAUCAACACCUCUUUCUUUCCUCUACAUGGACACAAAGAGCAGCCGUUUACUGUUAGAGAGGAAUGUGCCUGUGUGUGUACAGACAUGUUUGUGUGCGCAUGUGUUUGUGAGGGAGAGAGUGUGUGAGUGUGGGAAAUCUGCAGUGUUAGAACUUCCUCAAGCGUCAGGAAAUGAUUUGAAAUGAAAAACACAUGUAGAAUCAAUUGAAAUCAAAUCCAUACCUCUAGUUAACAUGUAUCUUGCCUUUGGCCUGUCUUUCUUUUUCUAAUAGGUGACUGUUGGCUUCUGGCAGCCCUGUCCUGCCUUACCAUGCACCCCAAUCUCUUUGUCAAAGUGGUACCACCUAAUCAGAGCCUGACAGAAUCCUAUGCUGGCAUCUUCCACUUCACGGUAGUGCAUGGGGGGGGGGGGUUCAUGAGCUUGCUGUGUACAUGUGUUAUAAUAAUAAUAAUAUGCCAUUUAGCAGACGCUGUGUUCUGCGUACUCACUUUUUGUUAUUACAAUAAGAAUGUCCAUUACAAUCUUAUUAGUGUAGCAUGCCUUGGAAAAGAGUGAGAGUGGUAAUAGCAGGACUGAAAAGUAGUAGUUUCAAGUUUUAAUGUCACAUGCACAAGUACAGUGAAAUGCCUUUCUUUCAAACUCAAAACCCAACAAUGCAAUAAUCAAUAACAAUGUAUUACUUGGAAAAAACAAACACGAGAAAUAAGAAUAAGAAAUAUGAAAUACACAAAGUAAGUAAGUAAGCAUACUAUAUACAGGAAAUAUUUAAAAAGUCAAUUCCAAACCAUAUUUCCAUGUGCAGGGAUACUGGAGUGAUUGAGGUAGAUACAGUGGGGAGAACAAGUAUUUGAUACACUACCGACUUUACAGGUUUUCCUACUUACAAAGCAUGUAGAGGUCUGUAAUUUUUAUCAUAGGUAUACUUCAACUGUGAGAGACGGAAAAAAAAAAAAAAUCCAGAAAAUCACAUUGUAUGAUUUUUAAGUAAUUAAUUUGCAUUUUAUUGCAUGACAUAAGUAUUUGAUCACCUACCAACCAGUAAGAAUUCCGUCUCUCACAGACCUGUUAGUUUUUCUUUAAGAAGCCCUCCUGUUCUCCACUCAUUACCUGUAUUAACUGCACCUGUUUGAACUCGUUACCUGUAUAAAAGACUCCUGUCCACACACUCAAUCAAACAGACUCCAAUCUCUCCACAAUGGCCAAGACCAGAGAGCUGUGUAAGGACAUCAGGGAUAAAAUUGUAGACCUGCACAAGGCUGGGAUGGGCUACAGGACAAUAAGCAAGCAGCUUGGUGAGAAGGCAACAACUGUUGGCGCAAUUAUUAGAAAAUGGAAGAAGUUCAAGAUGACGGUCAAUCACCCUCGGUCUGGGGCUCCAUGCAAGAUCUCACCUCGUGGGGCAUAUCAAUGAUCAUGAGGAAGGUGAGGGAUCAGUCCAGAACUACACGGCAGGACCUGGUCAAUGACCUGAAGAGAGCUGGGACCACAGUCUCAAAGAAAACCAUUAGUAACACACUACGCCAUCAUGGAUUAAAAUCCUGCAGCGCACGCAAGGUCCCCCUGCUCAAGCCAGCGCAUGUCCAGGCCCGUCUGAAGUUUGCCAAUGACCAUCUGGAUGAUCCAGAGGAGGAAUGGGAGAAGAUCAUGUGGUCUAAUUAGACAAAAAUAGAGCUUUUUGGUCUAAACUCCACUCGCCAUGUUUAGAGGAAGAAGAAGGAUGAGUACAACCCCAAGAACACCAUCCCAACCGUGAAGCAUGGAGGUGGAAACAUCAUUCUUUGGGGAUGCUUUUCUGCAAAGGGGACAGGACGACUGCACCGUAUUGAGGGGAGGAUGGAUGGGGCCAUGUAUCGCAAGAUCUUGGCCAACAACCUCCUUCCCUCAGUAAGAGCAUUGAAGAUGGGUCGUGGCUGGGUCUUCCAGCAUGACAAUGACCCGAAACACACAGCCAGGGCAACUAAGGAGUGGCUCCGUAAGAAGCAUCUCAAGGUCCUGGAGUGGCCUAGCCAGUCUCCAGACCUGAACCCAAUAGAAAAUGUUUGGAUAUCUGUUUUAGGCUUCUUGCGGUCAAUUUGUUAUUAUGUUCCGGCCCCCUGACCAUCCGCUCAAGAAAAAAAUUGGCCUGUGGCUAAAUCUAGUUGAUGAUCCCUGCCUUAGAUUAACUUUGCUUGUACUAGUCCCCCCCACCCCUCACACACACUUUCGUACACACACCUCUAACCCACACUCUAUCUCGUCUCAGCAAACUUGCCUCUGUCGUCAUUUAGCAUUCAAUAACCUCCCGAGUGGCGCAGUGGUCUAAGGCGCUGCAUCGCAGUGCUAGCUCGAAUCCAGGCUCUGUCGUAGCCGGCCGCGACCGGGAGACCCAUGGGGCGGCGCACAAUUAGUCCAGGGUAGGGGAGGGAAUGGCCGGCAGGGGUGUAGCUCAGUUGGUAGAGCAUGUGGGUUCGAUUCCCACGGGGGGCCAGUAUGAAAAAAUAAAAAAUAAUGUAUAAAUGACUAAAAUGUAAAUGUAAUCAUUUACAAUUGCCUCAAAGGCAUCUUCUCUGGACCAGUUGUCAGGUUAAAUGAAUUGAUUACUAAAACAUUGUCUCAUGAAAUAACGUCUGGAAACAUUAAAACAUCAUAGAGGUCAUGAGUUAUGCCUUGUUAUUUUCUCUAAUUGCGUUAAUAUUUUCUCAGGUGACUUGGUCCUCGCAGUGAAGUAUGUGUGGCAUGGCGUAACGUGUCGGUCGGAAGGAAGGGGGAUAAAUAUGAGUAGACUUAGAGAGCAGGAGGGGUUAUGUUGGGAGUUGUUGGCAGUUGUUAUUCUUCAAUAACAUAGACCCCAAAGCAAAUCAGGGGGAGAAAAAUAUAUUUAUUCAAAGAGAACAAAUCAUAGUUGUAAUGCUGGAAAGUAGAUGGUAGACGUUAAUUAUUUCCUGUCCUCAAUGUUUCUCCACUGAAGAGACAGGAUGUAGUUUAUAGCCUCAAGCCUAGCAUGUGGUGGACCAAUUAGAAUUCCUUGCAAUAGAAUUGGGCCAACGGCCAAACCCCCAAGUAUCCGGUUUCAGGCUCAAUGUACAGUUGAAGUCGGAAGUUUACAUACACCUUAGCCAAACACAUUUAAACUUAGUUUUUCACAAUUCCUGACAUUUAAUUCUAGUAAAAAUUCCCUGUCUUAGGUCAGUUAGGAUCACCACUUUAUUUUAAGAAUGUGAAAUGUAAGAAUAAUAGUAGAGAGAAUGAUUUAUUUAAUAUUUUAUUUCUUUCAUCACAUUCCCAGUGGGUCAGAAGUUUACAUUAAAUCAAUUAGUAUUUGGUAGCAUUGCCUUUAAAUUGUUUAACUUGGGUCAUACGUUUUGGGUAGCCAUCCACAAGCUUCCCACAAUAAGUUGGGUGAAUUUUGGCCAAUUUCUCCUGACAGAGCUGGUGUAACUGAGUCAGGUUUGUAGGCCUCCUUACUCACACUCGCUUUUUCAGUUCUGCCCACACAUUUUCAAUUGAGGUCAGGGCUUUGUGAUGGCCACUCCAAUACCUUGACUUUGUUGUCCUUAAGCCAUUUUGCCACAACUUUGGAAGUAUGCUUGGGGUCAUUGUCCAUUUGGAAGACCCAUUUGCGACCAAGCCUUAACUUCCUGACUGAUGUCUUGAGAUGUUGCUUCAAUAUAUCCACAUAAUUUUUCUUCCUCAUGAUGCCAUCUAUUUUGUGAAGUGCACCAGUCCCUCCUGCAGCAAAGCACCCCCACAACAUGAUGCCAAACAGAUCUAUUUUUGUUUCAUCAGACCUGAGGACAUUUCUCCAAAAAGUACGAUCUUUGUCUCCAUGUGCAGUUGCAAACCGUAGUCUGGCUUCUUUAUGGCGGUUUUGGAGCUGUGGCUUCUUCCUUGCUGAGUGGCCUUUCAGGUUAUGUCGAAAUAGGACUCGUUUUGCUGUGGAUAUAUAUACUUUUGUACCUUUUGUCCAUUGCUGUUGUUCUGGGAUUGAUUUGCACUUUUCGCACCAAAGUACGUUCAUCUCUAGGAGACAGAGCACGUCUCCUUCCUGAGCGGUAUGACGGCUGCGUGGUCCCAUGGUGUUAAUACUUGCGUACUAUUGUUUGUACAGAUGAAUGUGGUACCUUCAGGUGUUUGGAAAUUGCUCCCAAGUAUGAACCAGACUUGUGGAGGUCUACACAUUUUGUUUUGAGGUCUUGGCUGAUUUCUUUUGAUUUCCCCAUGAUGUCAAGCAAAGAGGCACUGAGUUUGAAGGUAGGCCUUGAAAUACAUCCACAGGUACACCUCCAAUUGACUCAUGAUGUCAAUUAGCCUAUCAGAAGCUUCUAAAGCCAUGACAUCAUUUUCUGGAAUUUCCCAAGCUGUUUAAAGGCACAGUCAACUUAGUGUAUGUAGACUUCUGACCCACUGGAAUUGUGAUACAGUGAAUUAUAAGUGAAAUCAUCUGUCUGUAAACAAUUGUUGGAAAAAUGACUUGUGUCAUGCACAAAGUAGAUGUCCUAAGCGACUUGCCAAAACUAUAGUUUGUUAACAAGAAAUGUGUGGAGUGGUUGAAAAACGAGUUUUAAUAACUCCAACCUAAGUGUAUGUAAACUUCCGACUUCAACUGUAUAGACAAUUUGGACCAAUGAGAACUUGCCACAUGUAGCUAUGAGUUUAGAGACAUCACUAAGGCAUAACUCAUUACCUCUGAUGUUUUAAUGUAGGCCUGUACUUGCCCACUGUUAUGCAACACAUUACAUGUAGAUGUCUGAGCCCUAGGACCAUACGUCGGGACUACCGGCCGUGGUGACUCCUUGCUGUCCCCAGUCCGCCUGGCCUUGCUGCUAUUCCAGUUUCAACGGUUCUGCCUGCGGUUAUGGAACCCCUACCUGUCCCAGACCUGCUGUUUUCAACUCUUAAUGAUCGGCUAUGAAAAGCCAACUGAGAUUUAUUCCUGAUUAUUAUUUGACCAUGCUUGUCACUUAUGAACAUUUUUGAACAUCUUAGCAUGGUUCUGUUAUAAUCUCCACCCGGCACAGCCAGAAGAGGACUGGCCACCCCUCAUAGCCUGGUUCCUCUCUAGGUUUCUUCCUAGGUUUUGGCCUUUCUAGGGAGUUUUUCCUAGCCACCGUGCUUCUACACCUGCAUUACUAGCUGUUUGGGGUUUUAGGCUGGGUUUCUGUACAGCACUUCGAGAUAUCAGCUGAUGUACGAAGGGCUAUAUAAAAUAAAAUUGAUUGAUUGAUUGAUUGAUGUCUCUCUCCCCUUCUCCCUCCUCCCUCCCUCUCCACCUCUCUCCCUACAUCCCCCUCCUCCCUUCUCCCUCCCUCACUGUCCAAUCUCUUUAUGCCUCCCUCUCCCGCCCUACCUACCUCCCUCCCUCUCCCUCCAUACCUCCCUCUCCUUCCCGCCUCCUCCCUCCCCUCCCUCUGUAGUUCUGGCAGUAUGGUGAGUGGGUGGAGGUGGUAGUGGAUGACAGGCUGCCUGUACGCGGAGGCCGACUGCUCUUCAGCUACUCCUGUACCCGCAACGAGUACUGGAGCGCCCUGGUGGAGAAAGCCUAUGCCAAGUCAGUCAACCGAGAUGUGUGUGUGUGUGUUUGUGUGUGUGUGUAAUGUCUUACAUAAUUGUACUGUUUGUGUGUGUCUGGCUGUGUGUGCCUGACAAUGCUCUUAUGAGGUUUCAGCCUCCUCAUUUGAAUGCACUUAUUGUAAGGCACUUUGAAAAAGAGCAUCUGCUAAAUGACAGAAAAUGUAAAUCUAGAAAAUGUCCCCUUCCUUUAUAUGCCUCAUUCCUCUCUCAUUCCUCUCCCACGCCACACUAUCCCCUUCCCCUUCCCCUCCCACACCACUCUAUCCCCUUCCUCUCCCACACCACUCUAUCCCCUCCCCCUUCUCUCCACACACUCCUUUCACCUGCUCCCUCUACCCCUAUCUCGGAGCAGGCUGAUCGGGUCGUAUGGCAGUCUGAAGGGGGGUAAUAUCUCUGAGGCGAUGGAGGACUUCACAGGUGGCAUUGCCUACUCCCUCCCUGUAUCCUCACGCACCCCCAGGAUCAUGUGGAAAGCCCUCUCUGAUGCCCUGUCCCGUGGCAGCCUGCUCAGCUGCUUCAUACAGGUACAGCACAAACACACACAUGCACGCAAGAACGCACGCACACACACACUCACACCCAUGGCACAUAUAUGAUUCAUAUACUUUAUGGUGAAUGCUGUUCCCAACAUAGCUACACACCUAUCUCACACCCACACCUCUCCUUUGUCAAUAGCUACUGUGAUUGCAAGUGUGAUUCUCACUGUGUAAGCAGCAAGUUGCUCUCUAUGUGCUGUGUAUCUCCACAGGCUAAGAACUACCUUGAGAUUGGCACAGUGACUGCAGAGGGACUGGUGAAGGGCCAUGCAUACGCCAUCACAGACACUGACACGGUAUGUCUCAUACUGUGCUUCACCAAGCUAAAGUCAUCAGAAAAUAAUCCACUUUCCCAUUUUGCUCACAUAAUUAUUUGUGUAUGUGGUUCAGGUGAAGAAGUCGGCUGGUGAGGCCUUGUUGCUGAGGCUGAGGAACCCCUGGGGCUUUGUGGAGUACUCUGGACCCUGGAGUGACAAGUGAGGAAGUGUGUGUGUGUGUGUGUUUGCGUGCAUGUGUGUUCGUUUUGUCGUUACACAGUAAUCCUGUGCUGAUUUUCCUGUGUGUGUAAUUGUAGGAGUAAAGUCUGGGAUGAUGUGGAUGCUGCUGAAAAGAAAAGGAUUGAGCUGAAAAAUAGUGAGGACGGAGAGUUCUGGUAGGUUCUGGCAUUACAAACACAAACAUACGUAGACACAUACAUCGACCAGUCUCUAUAUCUACUGUACUUUAUUUUUGUUUAUGCAUACAUGUGUAUAUAUAACAUAAUGUAUAAUAACUGAUACAAAUAAUGAAAAAUGAUGUAAUGUAUUAUAGAUGACUCCAAAUGAAAUACUGUACCAUGUUUGACUAUGACUGCAUUCAGUGUUUCAAAACUCUAUUUGAGUGGUCCACAAUGUGGUUUUUAAAAUCUGUAUUUUGUAAUGUCAACUAUUGUAUCAUUGUGGAAUGACACUUUAAUAAAUGUUUCUAACCGUAACUCUACAUCUCAUCUAGUUUCACACAAUACAACAACAGCACACACACACAUUCUAACAGGAUGUAUCCUCUCUGUGUGUCAGGAUCAGUGCGGAGGACUUCAACAAGCUGUUUGACACAGUGGAGCUGUGUAGUGUGGACCCUGACCCCAUAGUGGACGAGGACACACCCACCGACCCCGACUCCCCUCCCGCCCCCAUCUCUGCCUGGACCCUCAGCUCCCACAAAGGCUCCUGGGUAUCGGGCUCCACUGCAGGGGGAAGCUGUAGUUACCCUCGUGAGUCUGUGUGUGUGUUUCCAAAAGCAUAUUGUUUGUAAUUUCACCUACUUGUCAUUUACUACCUUCCUUUUCAUCACCCCGACUCCCCCCCCCCCCCCCCCCUCUUUUUCUCUCUCUAUUGUAGGAUCUUUCUGGAAGAAUCCACAGUUCCAGCUUAUCCUUGCCGAGCAUGAUGAUGAUAAAGUGAUGACCCCGGAGGAGAACAAGGUGUCAGAGAAGCAGAAUGAGAAAGCAAAGCAGUGCACCGUGCUGGUGGAACUACUGCAGAAAGACCGGAGAAAGAAGGAUAAAAUCAACUUCCUCCACAUCGCCUUCCACAUCUACAGGGUAAGAGAGAAAGGGAGAGAAAGUGUUUUGUCCCUGUAUGUGCUGUGAAUCUGAAUGUUCUACAUCUUCAGUUAAUCGGAUGUCUUUCCUGUCUCUGCAGGUUCCUCCAAAGGUGAGUAUGUUAUUCUAAAGUAUUUGAAAAACCUACAUAAUUUCAUUAGUUAGACAAUGUCAUCACUUUUAAUCUACCAAUGUCUGCUGCCCCCUCUCUCUCCACCAUUACCACCCUCUCUCCCUCUUUUCUAUCUCUGCCUUCCUCUUCCUCUCUCGCCUCUUCUCCUCUCUUCCCCUCCCCUCCCGUUCUCUCCUCUCCUCCCUGCUCCACCUGUCGUAGCUCCAGAGCCUGUGUCUGGACCAGAGCUUCUUCUCUUCCCAGCAGCCUGUGGGGAGCUCUGGGAAGUACCAGCCCCUCAGGUACUGUACCUCCGCAGCCAGUAUUCACGGCAAAUACAGUAUGUCACAUUUUCAUGAAAACAGUCUAUAAAGUUGUAUCUCAUCUCUUCUUCUCUUCUUCUCUUUUGUCACCGUAGGGCUGUGUGGAGGGAGGUGAGGCUGGACCCAGGAAACUAUGUGAUACUGGCCUCCACCUACAGUCCCAACCAGCCUGCGGAAUUCUUCCUCCGCAUCUAUUCCAAGACUGGCAACAAUCUGGGGUACAGAGGGGGUGGGUGGGGGCGGGUGAUGAUUAUGCUGAUGAUGACAAUUCAAUGACAAUCUCAUAUUGCGUUGAGACUGAUGGUGCUCCUCCUUGUAUUCCAGGACCCAAGCCUUCACCUGCUCCACUGGCUUCCUCAUGGUGAGUUGAACCUUACUGAAGCAUACUUUUACUGCACUACUGCUCUCCAGUUCAGCAAGCCAACUGUCAGUGUGCGUGUGUGUGUGUGUGUGUCCUUCACAGGUAAUGUCAAUGCCACCAGUCUUGCCAGAGGAUCGGAAGAGAGUACAGAAGACCUUUGAUGAGGUGGCAGGGCCGGUAGGAAUUCUCUCAUCUCAAAAUAUAACUCAACCAUAGAAGAGAAAUGUCUCCCUUAUACAGUCUUAACCUCCUGUUCUCUCUCCCUGGCAGGAUGACAGGCUGAAUGCUAAGGAGUUCAUGAAGCUGGUUAACUCAGGUUAGAUCAUUCAUGAACUCAGGUUGUCAUUAUAAGGUUAAUUUAGUCCAACCAUGUUGCAGAACUCCCUAAACUGCUGUAAUGAAGGGUACAACUAUUGUAUGUUGGUCCUAUUGAGGGGAAUAUUCUGACACUGCAGUACCAGUAAAAGCCAGUAGGUGGGAGCAGAGUAGCAAGGUUUCCUCUAGCAGGUAGACAAACUUUUGGGGGAAAUUGAAAUGAUUCUCUAGACAAAACCUCAUAGCUAAUAUACCAUUACAAUCCUCUGCCUCUUUCACUCCUCCCCUCUCUCAGUUCUGGAGAAAGAUUACCAGCUGCCACUGGAGACAUGCAGACAGCUCAUCUUUGGAGAGAAUGUAUCCUUUUAUUUGGCCAAUUGUUUUUCUUGCCAGAGCCCAUAUCUACAAAGCAUCUAAGAGCAGGAGUGCUGAUCUUUGAUUUGUCCAUUUAAUUAUAUUCAUUAUGAUCUAAAAGGCUAAACUGAUCCUAGAUCAGCAGCCAUAUUUAAUAAAUACUUUCUUAACACUUAUUUUUUCUUAAAAUUGGGUUGUUGGUUAAGUGCUUUUAAUAAGCAUUUCACUGUAAGGUCUACAGCUGUUGUAUUCGGCGCAUGUGACAAAUAACAUUUGAUUUGAUAUGCAUUGUGGAUACGGGCCCUGGUACUUUUUGAGCACCUGUGUCUGAGAGCGAUCCCUAACUCACUUGUCAGACUGGGGGACGCAGCAGUCUGACCCGAGAGCAGACAGAGCCUGUGCUGGCCUCUCUUCGCAAUCUGCAGGUACGACUGAGGGACAAGCUCCAAGGUGUUAAGCAAUAAAUCCAGAGGGGGUAUGGUAUAUUGGCCAUUAUAAACUUGUUCAAGCCCUGAAUGCUGAUUGGCUGACAGCCAUGGUACAUCAGACCCUGUGUUGAAUGGCGCCGUAGAGAUGGCUGCCGUUUUACAGCCCUCUAACCAAAUGUACUAUUAUGUGUGUUUUUUCGCGUUAUUUGUAAUUUAUUCUGUACAUAAUGUUUCUGCCACUGUCUCUUAUGACCAAAAAGAGCUUCUGGAUAUCAGGACAGCGAUUACUCACCUCGUAUUGGACAAAGAUUUUUUCUUCAACGAGUCGGACGCGAAGGAUAUUCUACAGACACCCAACAAGGCCCAAAUCCCCAUCAUUCGCAUGAGAAAGAGACGGAGAUAUCGUGGACAUAGGUCGGGGUGCCUUGUAAGGAUCCGAUGGCGAGCGAGUAAACUUCCUCUUCCAUCAAUCCUAUUAGCCAAUGUUCAAUCAUUUGAAAAUAAAUUGGACGACCUAAGAUUAAGGUUAUCCUACCAACAGAACAUUAAAAACUGUAAUAUCUUAUGUUUCACCGAGUCGUGGCUGAACGACGACAUUUAUAACAUACAGCUGGCGGGAUAUACGCUACAUCGGCAGGAUAGAACGGCGCUGACUCUGUGUAUAUUUGUAAACAACAGCUGGUGCAUAACAUCUAAUACUAAGGAAGUCUCGAGGUUUUGCUCGCCUGAGGUAGAGUAUCUCAUGAUAAGCUGUAGACCACACUAUUUACCAAGAGAGUUUUCAUCUAUAUUUUUCGUAGCUGUCUAUUUACCACCACAAACCGAUGCUGGCACUAAGAUUGCACUCAAUGAGCUGUAUAAGGCCAUAAGUAAACAGGAAAACGCUCAUCCAGAGGCAGCACUCCUAGUGGCCGGGGACUUUAAUGCAGGGAAACUUAAAUCCGUUCUACCUAAUUUCUACCAGCAUGUUAAAUGUGCAACCAGAGGGAAAAAAACUCUAGACAAUCUUUACUCCACACACAGAGAUGCGUACAAAGCUCUCCCUCUGCCUUAUAAGCAAAUACUAAAGCAGGAAGCACCAGUGCAUCAGUUAAUAAGGAAGUGGUCAGAUGACGCAGAUGCUAAGCUACAGGACUGUUUUGCUAGCACAGACUGGAAUAUGUUCUGGGAUUCUUCCGAUAGCAUUGAGGAGUACACCACAUCAGUCACUAGCUUCAUCAAUAAGUGCAUCGAUGGCGUCGUCCCCACAGUGACCGUACGUACAUACCCUAACCAGAAGCCAUGGAUUACAGGCAACAUCUGCACUGAGCUAAAGGGUAGAGCUGCCGGUUUCACCCCUCGGGUGCGUGCUCAGUCCCCUCCUGUACUCCCUGUUCACUCAUGACUGCAUGGCCAGGCACAACUCCAACACCAUCAUUAAGUUUGCCGACGACACAACAGUGGUAGGCCUGAUCACCGACAACGAUGAGACAGCCUAUAGGGAGGAGGUCAGAGACCUGGCCGUGUGGUGCCAGGAUAACAACCUCUCCCUCAACGUGAUCAAGACAAAGGAGAUGAUUGUGGACUACAGGAAAAAAAAAGAGGACUGAGCACGCCCCCAUUCUCAUCGACGGGGCUGUAGUGGAACAGGUUGAGAGCUUCCAGUUCCUUGGUGUGCACAUCACCAACGUACUAUCAUGGUCCAAACACACCAAGACAGUUGUGAAGAGGGCACGACAAAGCCUAUUCCCCCUCAGGAGACUGAAGAGAUUUGGCAUGGGUCCUCAGAUCCUCAAAAGGUUAUACAGCUGCACCAUCGAGAGCAUCCUGACUGGUUGCAUCACCGCCUGGUAUGGCAACUGCUUGGCCUCCGACCGCAAGGCACUACAGAGGGUAGUGCGUACGGCCCAGUACAUCACUGGGACCAAGCUUCCUGCCAUCCAGGACCUCUAUACCAGGCGGUGUCAGAGGAAGGCCCAAAAAAUGGUCAGACUCCAGCCACCCUAGUUGUAGAGUGUUCUCUCUGCUACCGCACGGCAAGCGGUACCGGAGCGCCAAGUCUAGGUCCAAAAGGCUUCUUAACAGCUUCUACCCCCAAGCCAUAAGACUUCUGAACAGAUAAUCAUGGCUACCCGGACUAUUUGCAUUGCCCCCCCACCCAACCCCACCCCACGCUGCUGCUACUCUGUUUAUUAUUUAUGCGUAGUCACUUUAACUCUACCCACAUGUACAUAUUACCUCAAUUACCUCGACUAACUGGUGCCCCCGCACAUUGACUCUGUGCCGGUACCCCCUGUAUAUAGCCUCCCUACUAUUAUUUUAUUUUACUGCUGCUCUUUAAUUAUUUGCUAUUUUCUAUUUUUUACUUAUCUAUGUUUUACUGAACACUUAAAAAAAAAUAUAUAUAUUUUUUUUUUUCUUUAAAAAACUGCGUUGUUGGUUAAGGGCUUGUAAGUAAGCAUUUCACUGUAAGGUCUACACCGGUUGUAUUCGGCGCAUGUGGCAGAUUUGAUUAUACCAUGGGUACGACAAAACAUUUAUUUUUACUGCUCUAAUUACGUUGGUAACCAGUUAAUAAUAGCAAUAAUUUAUCUCUGGAGUUUGUGGUAUAUGGCCAAUAUACCACGGCUAAGGGCUGUAUCCAGGCACUCCGUGUUGCGUCAUGCAUAAGAACAGCCCUUAACCGUUGUAUAUUGGCCAUAUACCACACCUCCUCGGGCCUUAAAGCUUAAAUAUACAGCGGAUAAGGGCUGUUCUUAAGCACGAUGCGAAGCUGAGUGCCUGGAUACAGCCCGUAGCCGUGGUAUUUUGGCCAAAUACCACAAACACCAGAGGUGCCUUAUUGCUAUGAUAAACUGGUUCAUACACAUGGUAUAUUGUCUGAUAUACACACGGCUGAAAUGCUGUUUCAGCCAAUCAGCAUCCAGGACCCAAAAUACCUGGUUAAUAAUUAGUCAUAUUACUAAGCUACAGCUACUCAACCAUCUGUCAUUGACCUCUCACGCUCUUUCUCUUUCAGUCCAUCUUCUUCAAGUUUGAUCAGGACUCUUCAGGGACCAUGAGCCCCUUUGAGCUUUGUCUGGCCCUCCAGGCUGCUGGUGCGUACACACACACACACACACACACACACACACACACACACACACACACACACACACACACACACACACACACACACACACGUCCACACUCUCUCUCUCUGCCUCUUACACUCCCUCCCUCCCUCCAUCCGUCUCUCACUCUCUCAUUCACUCACUCACUCCCUCACUUUCCAUAUCAUUGUUACAUUUUACCCCCAUUCUUGAACAUUUCUCUCUUCUUCCUCCCUCCUGCUAGGUGUGCAGUGUGAUGGCCAGGUCAUACAGGUGCUGUGGGAGAGGUUUGGCUCUGGGGAGCUGCACCUGCCGUUCCAUGGCUUUGUGGCCUGUGUCACCAGGCUGCGCAAGCUAUUCGGUAUGUCAACACACACACACGCACAUUUCUACACACUUAGGUGUGUUGUGUUUUGUUGCAGGUUUUGAUAUUCAGCCUUAAUAUUGUGUCUUUGUAUCCCCUUUCCCCAGCCCUGUAUCAAACAGAGAGCAACCCAGAGGUCAAAGACAGAGGAAUCAAUGCUGUGAGUCCUCCUUGACCAUAAAAUCAAAUCAACCAAAACCCUGGCCCUAACCCUAACUUCAUGUCCACAUCCUGGUUCAACCCUAACCCUCAACCACAACCCUAACCCUAAUCCAAAACCUAACUUCAUGUUCACAUCCUGGUUCGACCCUAACCCUGACCACAACCCUAACCCUAACUCUAGCUUCAUGUCCACAUCCCGGUUCAACCCUAACCCUACCCUCACCCACAACCCUAGCAUAAUGUCCACAUUCCUGUUCAACCCUUACCCUAGCCAUAACCCUAUAUCUUGACGGUAACCAUGACCCUAAACAUGAACCAUAACCUGACCCUAACCCGUCCUGUGCCAGACCAUAUCCUCAAGCAUAACUCAUACCUUGACCCUGACCCCACCUUUAAUACAGGCUAUACCCUUACUAAUGCCCUCUAGCCCUGACUGGUUGCUGCUCUUUUUGCUGUUUUCUUACAGUGGCUGCUCCGACUCCUGACCGUGUGAGUGUGCUCUGCAAACGGGGUCUCUGCGUGGGCACUGCAGGGGCAUUCUGUCUGACCAGGACCAUAUGAUAACAUCAUGCCUCCGUCGGCGCCCUCGUCCACACACACACACACAAACAACUCCUGGCCUUUGUCACAAUACGAUACACUGCUGCUAUAGGCACUGUCAUGUUAGCAGUGUCAGAAUAACAGCCUCAAAGCAGUAUGUGAUGACGAUGUCACACAUCACAUUAUAUUCUAUGAUGUACACCACUGUCAUUCUCUACAGCAAUAUUGUAUUAUAGUGCUUUACAUUAAUUUACAUGGAUAGUACCUGUGGAGUUAGUGUCACUACUAAUGUAUUUGAUGUGUACACAAAUAUGAAUCUCUAAAUCUCUAUUUCCGCAAAGAAUCUUCAGCAUUUCAGCUAAAUAUUUUCAGCAAUUGAGUCAAGUUCUUUAACUUCUUUCAUUAUUUGAGUUUUUAAUAGUGAAAAUGUAGUUCAAGCUCUGGAAAUUAAAAUAAAAAACGCAGUAAUGACAUGUAUCCCAAAAUAAAUCCAGUGAUUUCUGGGUUUAUAAAUACAGCCCAGCCUCACACACACACACACGGUGAGUACGGCCUGCCCUGGUGAGGGAGUGAGGGUGAUGUCUCAGCCACGCUGCACUCAUCGUCUCUAUUCUUAUCAUACUGAC